AUGGCGCCAGGACCCCCCUGGGGAAGAAGUGACUGUCCCAGGAAGCUCUGGGAGAACCAGGGGGCCACUGACUCCAGCCAGGAAAUACCCAUAAUCCCCAAAGAUCAAGGGAAGGCAGGAGGGGAGAGUAGUACCAACCAUUUCCUGAUGGCCCCUGGGGACACUGAAGUCAACCCUGAGAGUCCAUCUGCAAAACACCUGCAGGGGCCACCAAUCCAGGGACACUCCACCUGCCUCCCCCAGCAGUGGUCUUCGGGCCCCCUGCCCUGGAUGUGGCUGCAGGAGUGGGCAGUGGGCCAGGCGGGCACUGGGGCAGAGCCAGCCAACUCUGGACAAUUUGUUGAAGUGGCUACAGCAGUGAAGCGGUCACAGCACAGCCACCCAAGGGGCAGAAAGGUCAAGUUGCCUGAGCCUUCCUGCCAUUGCUGCAGUGCCACACUGAACAGGCUGAGCCUGGAAGCUGAGCAGGACCAGUCCCGGGGACGGGAGGCUGCUGGGAAAAGAGGCUGCUGCAGGUUUCCAGGAACAGGAGUGACAGCUGGCUCAUUUGAGGGCUGGGCUGUCCGAUGGAGCAGUCCCUCUGGCUGUGGCAGUCCACAGUCUCCUUCAAGGCCCAGAUUGGAAGAGGUGGGGUGUGUUUGGUCAGCCACUGUCAGCCAGCUCUCCGGAGGUGGAAGCACUGCUCUGAGGGGCUCCCUGUUCCUGCAGUGUAAGGAUCUCUUCGUGCCUUUCAAGCAUGAGAGUUUACAUUGUGCUCACGGAAUCCUUGAGCAUCUGCGGCUGUGCUCCUGGGGGACCUGUCGGAUUGAGCUCUGACCACUGAGUCUGCCUGCGGUUCACACUCAGACUGCAGACCCACCGAGGUGGGGAGAGAAAUGGCUGUGUCUGAAAAAAAAAAAAAAAAGUGAUUUUCCACUUUUAA